CAUGAAAAGUUUGGGUUAAAUAGAAAUCAUUUUUGUUUAGAGAAAUCAACUUUUAAAAUUGCACGUCUUCCCUCAGGUCUCACCCCACCUACCACCCCGCCACACAAACCCGUGGAGGAUGAGCUCUUUAAGCCAACGGAGGGAGGAAAGGGCAGCAGUGACAGUGGAGGCGCCCGCGAGUCCGUGCACCCGGCUUCCAACACCAGCACUAACGUUUCUGUAAAGGGCUCAACAUGGUUCAGUCGCUCCCACCACCAGAGGAAGCUUCCAGAGCAGACGGAGCUUUACGCCCAGCUGCGACGCAUGGGUCAGACAGGCGAGUGCGACACCCAGCGCACCUUCGGCGAUCACGAUUACUGCGCGCUGAGUCUCGGGGAGAGCCGCAAACGUAGUGCGGCCAUCCUCGGUGCCAUCCUCCAGACACAGGCAGGGGCUGAGAAGGAUGACACCCAUGGAUCCAGCGUGGUGGAUAAUGAGGUUUUAGGUGAAAAGGGCAAAGAGAGUGAGGACGAGAGGCUGAUGAUAACUGAAAUCGUAGAAACACAGGAGCAACAGAUGGCGUUGUCAUCAUCGCCUUCCUCAGACUGCCAGUCACUUGCUGCAACGCCUCCAGUUUCCGAAGAGGAGGCGGAGCACUCGUCAGCAUCCCGCUCACCAUCACCCAUCCUACACAUGUGUCCCGACUCACCUUCCAGCAAGACAGACUCCAGUGAGAACUCUGAGAGCUGCCUAGACGACAACCAGGGGAACAAAGAGAAAUCUGACGAGGACAACUGCCAGGUGUUUUACAUCCACAACCUGCCGAGCAGGGUGACUGAGAACAUGCUGAGGAGACGCUUCCAAGUGUUUGGCAAUGCAGAUGACUGCAAGGUCAUCAUCUGCAACGAGGAGCGCUGUGGAGUGAUAAAGAUACGUCAGUCUGGGCCUCAGAGACAUCGCAAAGAACGGGAGAUUGUUUUCCAGAGCGCCCCCUCAGGCCUAAGGAGGCAAACAAGGAAACGCUACAUAGAUCUAGAUGAGGCGGGUCCUGGCCCUGUCAAGAGUAAGUAUGAUGCACUGGACUUUGACACUCUGCUGAAGGAGGCCCAGAAGUCCCUGCAUCGUUGAUGGUUCAGCGCUGCUGACUGGCCAGCCUUAGUAAACCCCUCUGACAACACCCACAGUACCUCCGUGCAAGGCAACCUCGCAAGAUGUUUACAUUUUUAAUAUUGGAAUAACGUAACAAAGACCUUGAUUUUUUUUUUUUUUGAAGUCUCUUUCACCGGAGGAUACUGCUUAAAAACAAGGAAGUUGAUGCGAGGAGUUGAAGAGAGUGGAGGGGGGGAAAAAAGGACUUUAAACAGCAAUGGUACAACAGCUGUAAACAAUAAUGACACGGCUCUCUGAACAAAUGUAAGAACAAAGCUGCUUCCUGUCUGUACCGGUGUCGUCUUUGCCCUGCCUUGGAAGAACGGGCAUGAGAAACCUGUAGCAAAUCCUUGCUAACCCUGCGUUGCGUUGGUCGUUGUGGCGUGUGUCGUUGCGUGUGCGUGUUCCUUAUUCUGUUGGUUUUUGUAAGCAAAAAAACAAAAAAAAAAAACAGAAAGAGAGAGAGAAAAGCUCUCUUUUUCUGGUUUCAGCUGGUAAACCCGCAGGCUGUGUUUGCUUGUCUGGUCAUAUUACCAGGACCUGGAUAAUAAAAAAAAGUCUGUUUUGUUUUAGCAAAAAUAAUUGUGUAUGUUAAAGAUUUUUAAACUUUGUGUGUGCGAGUUUGUGCGUGAGGGUGUGUGUUUGUAUGUAUUUCAUGGACAAAAUAUAUAACAAACACAUUUAAUGUAAUCAAUGGAUGACUGAUAAAAGUUUACAAAUCUAAAAUGAAGAAAAAAAAUCAUGUUUCCUUUAUUUUGUAAUUGUAGUGCUUCCUUGAUUUGAACUAUGCACUGUAAAGGAGAUAAACGUCUCCUUUGUCCCCCUUCUGUCUCUAACUCUGCCAUGCUAACUAUUUAGCUUCUGCUACUGGCUGCUGUAGGCUCUUCGCACUCAAACAACCUGUUUCUAAUGUUUAACAUUCUCACAUUUUUACAGUCCAUUCAGACCAAGGAAGGAGUACUCACUUUAAGAGCUUACCUAGUAACAGACUAAUUAUAUUGUCUGAUUAAUAUCCCUAUUGUUAUGGGGACAUAUUCGGUUUCUCUGCUUCCUUUUUCAAAGUUGAAGUAAGAACAAAACACACAAAAAAGCAAUUAAACAUCAGAUGACUUAGGAUCUAGAGGGAUUUUUGCAAACAGGAUUGUCAGUGUGAGGAAAAUGGCUUCUGUUUAUGAUGCUAACUGAAAUUUUUAACUGAAAUAUUGUUUAUAUCUAUAAAACAGAAAAAAACAGCUUUUGCUGUAAAUCUGAUAUCCAUAGAUCCGGAAAUUUAAUUUACAAUAACACUUAAUAUAGUAUUGU